AUGGUUUGCGUGAUUGUCACGUCCUCUCAUGAAGGCGGCAUCGCUGUUCGAUCCCUUCCACAGAAAGUUGACAGAGUUGGGUGUGGAGCCUAUUGCACUCGCACUGAAUUGCUGAUGGGCCUGCGAUGGCUGGACCGCUGUCGAAUCCGAGGCUACGUCUUCUACAAAGCCUGCCGUCAGUCCGCUCCUCAUCGCAUCACGUGGAGACUGGCAAAGGCACAUCGGCAUGUGAGGUAUGUCUACUCGCCUUCGCCCUGCGAGCAAGGGCGCUACAGCAGAGAGGUGCCGGGCUGUGGAAGUGGUCCCUUCGGUGUGGCCGCUGUGGACUACCUCCGUGGUUUGAGGUGGAGCCCCAUUGAUGAGUUACCAAACGACACGCAGUGGGUAGAGGAGUUUGAGAAGGGAAUGAAUUUGCUGGACUGGCGGGCAUCAUUGCCCUCUGUCAUGUCGAGAGGUGCCUACGGCUUCUACAAGGCCGGCAGCGUGUCCGGCUGCCCGGAUCUCCCUGAAAGCGGACUCCCACCGGCGACGGUGGCCAGUGGCAUGAUGGUGGAGAAGGAUCCCCAGUCUGCUUUCCUGCUGGGCACAGCCACCAGUGGCGCUCUGACAGCGGGCAUGCUUCCCCGUUUCCUCUCCUCGCGGAAGGUAAUGCCCACUGGCCUUGUGUCGCUGCUUGGGCUCAUGGCCUUGGCGUACAACUGCAUGCAGCUCAGAAAAUGGUGGGACCCAGAGGAUUUGCCUUUCCUUGGCAAGCUGAAGGCCUAG